AUGGUGUCUGUCCUUGCAACGAGGACUUACCCAUCAGCAACAGCCAGCUCUGUCCGCGCCGCUCGCACCCUCCACACAAGCUCGGUCUGGACAACCGGCAAGGGGACAACCCACUUUCGCUCGCCCUUUUUAGCCUCUCAAGUCCGCCUAUUGGGUGCCAUCUCCAAACCAUUGGCCAGACAGGCCCUCUUUGCCAGCCACUCCUCUCCCAUCUCGGCCUCCGCCACCUUUCAUCAACACUCCCAUGCCGAAGAAGCCGCUAUCCACCACGACCCGGCUCCGACCACCCACAUGAAGCUCGUCGACUGGGUUCGAGCUCAGCAGUCCCUUCUCGAACCCGACAAUGUUCACUGGUGCGAUGGUUCCCAGGAAGAAUACGACAGCCUUGUGGGCGACCUGGUCGAAAAGGGUGUCAUGAUCCCGCUCAACAGUAAACUUCGCCCAGGAUCCUAUCUCACCCGAACUGAUUCUGCUGAUGUUGCCCGAUCCGAGAGUUCCACUUUUAUCUGUAGUGAGAAGGAGAUCGAUGCUGGCAUGGGUCCCAUCGGAUCGCCUCUUGCCCGCAUUGGUGUGCAGGUCACGGACUCCCCAUUUGUCGUGGUCAAUAUGCGCAUCAUGACCCGCAUUGGUCAGCCUGUGCUCGAUGUCCUAGGUGACGACAAGGAGUUUGUGCCUUGUGUGCACUCUGUGGGAAAGCCCUUGGAGUCCGGAGACAAGGACUCACUCUGGCCAUGCAACAUUGCCCAACGCAAGGUCGUGCAUUUCCCCGAAUCACGUGAAAUCUGGAGCUUUGGUAGUGGAUAUGGCGGCAACUCCUUGUUAGGAAAGAAAUGCCUUGCUCUGAGAAUCGCUUCCGUGAUGGCCCGUGAUGAGGGUUCGUUAGCAGAGCACAUGCUCAUCCUGGGGUUGACAAGCCCCGCUGGAAAGAAGUACUAUGUCGCUGCAGCCUUCCCAAGCGCUUGCGGCAAAACGAAUCUGGCCAUGUUACAGCCGACAUUACCAGGAUGGAAAGUACAAGUGGUUGGGGACGAUAUUAACUGGAUGAAGUUCAACCCGAAUGACUCACGCCUGUAUGCGAUCAACCCCGAAGCUGGUUUCUUUGGGGUGGCGCCAGGCACCUCGGGUAAGACGAACCCUAACGCCAUGGAGACGAUCCAGAAGAACACUGUCUUUACCAACGUCGCAUUGACCGAGGACGGCGAUGUCUGGUGGGAGGGAAUGACCAAGAAGCGACCUGAUGGAAAAGUGGUGAACUGGAAGGGUGAGGUCUGGGACCCUUCGAUGGGAGACAAGGGUACGCCUCUGGCUCAUCCUAACUCUCGCUUCACAGUCUCUGUGGACCAAUGCCCCGCCAAGGACCCAGCCUGGAAUGACCCCAACGGUGUCCCAAUCUCAGCCAUUAUCUUUGGCGGUCGACGCGAGACGACUGUGCCCCUUGUCUUCCAGACCAAGGACUGGAACCACGGUGUCCUUGUUGGUGCAACCGUAGCCAGCGAGAAGACUGCAGCUGCUGAUGGAAGCGAUAUUGGUCAACUCAGGUUUGACCCGUUCGCGAUGCUCCCCUUUGCAGGAUACAACAUGGGGGACUACUUUGGCCAUUGGUUGUCGAUGCCUGGUCGCGUCAACGAUCCGUCGCAACUGCCCAAGAUUUUCCACGUCAACUGGUUCCGCAAAGACACCAACGGAUCCUUCAUGUGGCCUGGAUUCGGCGACAACUCCAGAGUUUUGAAGUGGAUUGUUGACCGGUUGGAAAAGCCCGAGGACAAGAACCUGUUUACGUCAACGCCGAUUGGAUAUGUGCCCACGGUAUCGUCAUUGGAUCUUUCUGGAAUUGAGAAAGAUGUUGGUGGUGGAGUGAUGGAAAAGUUGUUGAAGGUGGACGCGAAGUCGUAUCUGUCUGAAGUUGGCAAGGCGCGCGACUACUUCAAGCAAUUUGGCGAUCGCUUCCCAGCCAAGUUGACCAAGGAGCUCGAUGAUCUUGAGGACCGCUUGAAGAAGAACCAGGGUGUCUAG